AUGUUACUUUACACGAAAGUAUUACUGACGCUGAAAACUUUUCCAACAAUGUAUAUAAGAAAUGAUGAGAUCUUAAUUGACACUUAUCAUAUGUACUAUAUUCCCAGGUGUAUAUUUUAUACUUUAAUACACCGGAUCAAUAUCAACUUAUUAGGAAUGUCCUUGGAAAUAAAUAAAGAAUCUAUUACUAUGAACGAUUCGGUAGAAAAAACACAACAUAUUUCUUUACAUGGCUUCCCCGCCAGGACUUCAUUCAAAGAAGAUUUGAUACCCAAAUUUACUGGAAACAGUAACGUUAAAUUACUAUUCAAGAUACAAGAAAGUACUUGA